GGCACCUGAUUGGCUAAAACAUUCCUACCAUUUCCGCCGCCUGCAACAAGCAUUCCCCCCUUUUUUCGGUGUUCUGUCCUGCUAUGGCACGCUAUUCCCAGGCUAAGAACGGUCUCAAAAGUGGCUUAUAAUUCAGUUUUACCCGUGAACCCAGAGAUUGGGAAUGAGAACGGUCCACCAUGUCUGAAUUGUUUAUGGAAUGUGUGGAGGAAGAGUUGGAGCCAUGGCAGAAACAAGUCCCUCAAGUUAAUUUGAUAGAGGAUGAUGAUGAUGACGAUGAGCCCAUCUUCGUUGGUGUAAUAUCUAAUAAUCAGAAGGACAGUAAACCCAACUCUGCACCACUUCAGAAGAGAAGCACAGCAAAGCCUGAAGUUAAAUGUCUACCUGCUGUGGGACCCUCGCCAAUUGUGCUGCCUCUGAGUGUGCCUGUGACAGCAGUCAAUAGCACGCCGCUCAGCCUGACAACAGUGACCCCACAGCCUGUCAUAGUUAAUAACCAGGGCUUUAUUGUCACAUCUCCACAGUUGGCAAAGAACAAUGAAUUUAUUGCCACUCUGGGGGCUCAGUACCCCCCCGGGACCUCCUUUACUAUUGUACCAGCGGGCCAGCAGCAGAUUUUUCAGCAGAUCUCUGCAGGCACACCCAUCGCCAGUGUUAUCCACAGACCUCAGGUGCAGCAAAUCAGGAACAACAUCGUGACGUUGGCUAAUGUCCAGAACCCUGCUGUGUAUACAUCCCAGACCAAUCAGCCGAUCUCCAAACUCCCCAACUCUGUUCAGACUGCCGUUGUGGCUGUGAGAGACAACUGCAAUAAUAAAGAUCAAACUUCAUUAAAGCGAGGGUUGACAUCACUGGAAGUUGACAAUAUGGCAAAAAAGGUCAAGUUAGACUCAUCACCUGCAAAAGUGAUGGUCAGAAUGGAAAAUGGUAUUUUAAAGAGAAAAUGCUCUAAAUGUCUUGAAGAUCUUUCAGAAGAGGCCCAAAAGUAUCAUUUGCAGCAAUGCAGGGGAAAUGUGGGAAAUGCAGCGGCGUCGACCACGAGCACCGGAGGAAACAAACUUAUCAUGCUUGUGGCAGACUUCUACUACGGAAACUUUGAGGGGGAUUUGCAGAAGAGGGAUGCCCAGAAGACCAACAACACUUUCAAGUGCCAAAGCUGCUUAAAAGUUCUCAAAAACAAUAUCAGGUUCAUGAACCACAUGAAACACCACCUGGAGCUGGAGAAGCAGAACAGCGAGAGCUGGGAAAGCCACACCACCUGUCACCACUGCUAUCGGCAGUACAUGACUCCAUUUCAGCUGCAGUGCCACAUAGAGAGCGCUCAUAGUCCUAUCGAAUCAUCAACCAACUGCAAGAUAUGCGAGUUAGCGUUUGAGUCUGAGCAGGUCCUCCUGGAACAUAUGAAGGCAAACCACAAGCCAGGGGAAAUGCCUUAUGUCUGCCAGGUUUGCAAUUACAGGUCCUCGUUCUUUUCCGACCUGGAGGCACAUUUCCGGAGCGUCCAUGAAAACACAAAGGACCUCCUCUGUCCCUUCUGUCUCAAAGUUCUCCGGACCAGUCACAUUUUCAUGCAACAUUACAUGAAACAUCAGAGAAAAGGGAUCUAUCGCUGUGGAAAAUGCAGACUGAACUUCCUUACCUACAAGGAAAAAGUGGACCACAGGACUCAUGUCCACAAAACCUUCAGGAAACCUAAAGCGCUUGAAGGGCUUCCCCCUGGGACAAAGGUGACCAUUCGAGCCUCCCUGACAGGAAAAGAAAGCACGCCUGUGAUCCCAGCCUCCCCUAAACGCUCUGUUACUCCAGAAUGUCGAAGUUCCUCUCCGUUCACAUGUGAGCCUUCAAAUAGUCUAACCAAGUUCAGACUAAACGACUCUGCAGCACAAAAAGCAAAAAUGAAUCAAAACAAGAAGAGACAGGAGCAGAACAAAAAGCAAGAGCGACGGAGCUUCAGACACAACCUGGAACUCAAACAUCUGAGUGUCAAGACGGGACGCUACAUAUGCAUUGAGUGCAACUCUGUAGUAGACGACUUCUUCGUGCAUUUCCCAUUGCUUUCCAAUUGCGGUGCCUGCAAGUACCGAACAAGCUGCAAAAGCUCCAUUGAGAAUCACAUGAUUAAAUAUCAUAGCACCUUCAGGAAACGCAGAGUUUUGAAAAGAAAUCAAAAAACCAACGUAUCUUCGUUAAAGCUUCCACUCGUCUGCCUCACCUGUGACCUACUUGUUGACAGUGACUUGAUGACCAAACAUUUAGUCAAGCAACCUAAUCACGUUUGCAAAGUUAUUAAAGAGAAAGAUAGCAAAGCUGAAGACAAAGAAUUGAAUCAACAGCAACCACUAGAAGUCCGACAGUCCUUGGCUAUAGCGCCCCAUCCAGGCUCAGAGGAAAUGGACCAGAAUAAAGAAGCUGAAAGUGUAACUAAUGGUACUGAUGACAAGCAACCAGAACUGGAACCAGAGCUGCCAGUAAAUGAUCAGCAAGAAGACCUGGUGGCAGUGAAUCAGACUGAUGGCACAGCUGAAUCGAACAACUCCCAUCAGUUGACUUCAACUGUCUGUACUUCGGAUGGGAAUUUAGACGUUUGUCAGGAGUCUGCGAAUCCCUCCCAAUGUAUCACUGUUCAAGACCAGAUUCCUGUCUUAAAGGGUUCAUCUGAUCAUAUAACUGAGGACAAAACAACAUGAAUCAAAGAGGAUUUGGACAUUUUAAGCUUCAUAGCUUAAAGGCUUUUUUAUUGCUGUGUAUUUGAGUUAGUCGUUUUAAUUGAGGAAAACGAGGCUUUUCCUUACACUACUUUCCUUAUUAACCUAAAACAGUUCUUCAUAUAAUGGUUUCAAUGGUGAUUUUUGUCAUUUUUUUUUAAAAAACAAAAAUGCAAUGGGAACCCAGUCAUGUCUGUCACCAACCCUGUAGUUUAAUUGUGUCACCAGUAAUCAUCUCAUACAUUCUUAACUGAUGUUUACGAUUCUUUGCAGACAAUUUCAGGCAUGUUUUACUUCACUAGUGAUGUAUUUCAUGUGUACCUUUAAAUCAUUAAUACCAACUCACAGGUCGCCAGUGUCCAAGGUUGUUAAGUUUAGAUGCUUUUAAAUGGUGGCAAAAGGCACACGCUUUUCUUGCAUGUUACCUUAUUUCUCAAGGCAACAGGUGUAUCUUAAAACGACAAUAGGGGGAAAAAGUAAAGUCCCUAUUUUAGGAAAUGUUUAAUUAAAUUCAUCAGGUUCAUCGAGUCUUAGUUCUAUGCUUGCACCGACUAAUGGAAACUCUUCAGUUGUGGGGAAAAUAUUUGCAAUUAUGCAUUUAUUGUGACUCAGAAAUGUCAAAUCACCUAACUGCUUUUUAUAAGGCUUGUAGUUUGUGUGUAUUGAGUAGCUUUUAAGUUUGAAAGUGUUUUUUUUUUUAAGUGAUUCCUUAAACAAAAAGUGGUCUUGAAGAGGCGCAUUAGACUGUAUUCAAGAAUAGCAUUUUCUUGCUAUAUAUGUAAAUAAAUAAAUAAAACGAUUGGGUCCUACUUUGAAAUA